AUGUUUACUCCAAUGCUGACUGAAGACGGCUUGUGUUUUACAUUUAACAUGUUGGAUCGGACUGAGUUGUUAAGGGAAAGAGUAUACUUGCAUGGAAAAUAUAUGACUCACGGAAGACAUUCAGAAGGUUGGAGUUUGGAAGAUGGGUAUCCAAAAACAGCCAAAAAAGAUACUUUCCCAAGGCGAGCGAUGUCUGCUGGUCUUUCAGCUGGAUUAUAUUUGGUUCUAAAAGCUUACGAACCCGACUUAGAUUAUUUGUGUAGAGGUCCUGUUCAAGGAUUUAAGGUUCUACUUCAUCAUCCAGCGGAGGUUCCAAGGGUCCAGUUGCAAUAUUUCAGAGCUCCUCUAAACCACGAAGUUGUAGUUUCCGUCAAGCCUGAUAUGAUGACUACCUCAGAAGGUUUACGAGAGUACGAUCCGCAUCGUAGACAGUGUUAUUUCCCAAGCGAGAGAUAUUUGACAUUUUAUAAAAGUUACACUCAACAAAAUUGCCAAGUUGAGUGUUUGGCAAAUUACACUUUAGCAAAAUGUGGUUGUAUUGCAUACCAUAUGCCACAUGUUAAAAAUACGCCAAUCUGUGGUUCAGGAUCCCAAGUAUGUAUGUUUGAAGCACAAAGUAAGUAUUAA